GCCAGCUGUAUUUGCGGUUAUCUUUGCUUGUUGUUAGUUUUUAUCCUUAUCCAUGUUUUGUUUAAAGUUUUGAUUUUGAUAUUUUUUGGAUAAUUAAUAGAUCAAUUCAAUGUCUAUUACCAAAAGUUUUGAUCUAUUUUUCUCAAUUUUAUUAAUUUUUGUGCAUAGAAGUUUAAAAAUCAUUGUUUUCCUUAAAAAUGUAUUUAAUUCUUUCCAAAGGAAAAUAAACAUUACCAGUGAUUUAGAUAAUUAUUUGAAAUUACCUCACCACGUCGUUUUUGUAAUAAACUGUCAUGAUAACGUGUUGUCAAUCGAUGAGAUAGCGUCACUCGUCAAUUGGUCCAUCCAAUUAGGAAUUGAAAAUAUAAGUUUGUAUGAUAGCGAAGGUCUUCUAGUUAACUAUCUAUCAGAUAUUGAAAAAUCUAUCAGUAAUAAAUUGGAUUUAGACCGUCAAUUGAAAUUUCGUUGUAGCCAACAGAAUGGUUCCUUAGAUAGCAAUAUCAUCUUCCAUUGUGAAUAUAAUUCUUCAAAAUUGAGAAUCAUAUCCUUAUUAAAUCAAAAAUUUAUUAUGGCGAUGCUACUCAAAGAAAUUGUUAAGAAAAGGUUAUCUGAAGAUAAAGGGAAAAUAACAGUGGAUGAAUUUGAUCAAACUCUACUAUCCAAAUUGGACUUACCUGAUCCUGAUUUGUCUGUUUUGUGUAGUGAAACCCCUUGUUUAUUCGGACUCUUACCAUGGAAUAUACGACUUACAGAAAUAAUUCACCUUCCUGUUUUUGGCAAACUGGUCGAAAAAGAUUUCCUAAGUGUCAUUAGCCGUUAUUCAAACUGUGAACAAAGAUUCGGAAAAUAGACCAAUAAAAUCAAUGCACACAACCAUAACAAUUUAUUGUCUUUUUAUUAUGUACUCGAGAUGAAAUAAGUGCAGGUUUCAGUGGACAAAAUCAGAUAAAGUCAAACACGUAAUAUUGGUAAUAAAGAAACUUCUACGAUGCAUGAAAUAUGGAAAAUGGAUUUUAGAACAUGAAACUUUCACCAAUAUAUCGUCUUAACGUAACAAAUGAAGGAAUUUGCCACUGAAAAUUUUCUGAAACCUCUUUUACGGAUUAAUUAUUUUCUAACCCAUUGGAAUUGUCAACGUCAACUCUUGCUAAUUUAAUGCUGAUUCAGAACAUUUUAAGAUCAAGCUUUUGAAUAAGUGCUCUGAAGAUCUGUUGUAAAUAAAGAGAGAAAUUAAUCAAGAUCAA